UAUGAAAUAUAAACCGCAUACACCUUUGUGACCGCCUUAAGAAAAAAUUGAACAAAAAUAAUAAAACCCUUUAUUUUCUCUCUUUAGCCGCCGCUUUCACUGACCUAUUCCCCUUCCUUCUUCUAUAGUUUUUCUACACAGUGGAGCUCAGGAACCUGGCUAUCGAAUACCAUAACAACAAGCUUAGCUUCGGGGCCUUCAAGGCUAAUCACAAGAAAGUCAUGGGGCCGAUGAUAAGAACAGAGGGGGAAGAAGACUACAUGACUCCACCGUGGCUAUUCCCAAUGCUACGAGGCAGCUACUUCGUCCCAUGUUCGACCCACGCUGAUUCAAACAAAAACGAGUGCAACUUGUUUUGUCUCGAUUGUGCUGGAAAUGCCUUUUGCUCGUACUGUUUGGUCAAACAUAAAAACCAUCGUGUUGUUCAGAUAAGGAGAUCUUCUUACCACAACGUGGUGAGAGUGAAUGAGAUACAAAAGUAUAUAGACAUCACUUGCGUUCAGACAUACAUCAUCAACAGCGCAAAGAUCGUGUUCCUCAACGAAAGACCUCAGCCAAGAAUCGGAAAAGGUGUUACAAACACUUGUGAAAUCUGCUGUAGAAGCCUCCUUGAUUCUUUCCGCUUCUGCUCUCUCGGUUGCAAGCUUGGUGGAAUGAAGAGAGGAGAUCAAAGUCUAACUUUCUCUGUGAGAGGGAAGCACGGGAGAGAGUACCAAGGCGGUGGGUCGGAGUCUGAUGAGGCUACCACACCGACUAAGAUGCGCAAGACGAAUGCUUUCAACCGUUUGAUGAGCGGUCUCUCUAUCUCCACCGUUAGAUUUGACGGCUAUGGUCUAGGUAGCGAUCACCGGUGUUUAAGCUCUGGCGAAGAAGGUGGUUUAAGUUUCUCUCCGGGAACACCUCCGAUCUAUAAUCACCGGAACUCGAGCAGACGAAAAGGCAUCCCACACCGUGCUCCAUUCUAAAAAAAAAAACAAAAAAAAGAAUUAAUUAAUUAAAUAUAGAUAAUGCGCAUUAAUAUUUAUAAAUGGAUGGAGUCAUAAUGUUGUAAAUGGGGCAGUGUCUUUUUCUCAUAGUUUAUUCUUAGAAGAUAAAGGCAGCAUAGUUAGACACAUACAUAAAAUACAUUUGUAUAAAUAUAGAAGAAUCUACAUUAUAUUGUGAAGGGUUUGAUGUUAGCUUGUAGCUUGUUUAAAAUGGCAUGGCUCUGUGUUGUAAUGUAAAUGUACAUUAUCAUUUUGUUCAUACAAUAGUUAAUACCA